AUGUCAUCAGAUAAAAGGAGGGGCGAUGACUUAGUCAGAGAUGCUAACCCACACAAGAAGUGCCUCAAAAUAGAGCCUGUGAAGGAGAGUGCGCCUGCUAAUUUCAAGGAGAAAGAACUCCCCAACGUCACCAAGUCGUGGAAGAACUACAUGAGCAAACUGCUGAUACAAGACUUUCAGGCGGCCACUCUGCAAGUCAUGGAUUCACCAUAUGAUGAGGAGAUUAAGGUAAAGAGAGAUGAUGGUAGUAUCAGCGAUCAUGGUGAUGGACGUAGUGAUGGUGGUAGCAGUGGUGCUGAUGAUGGUGGUGGAGAUAGUGGCAGUGGUGCUGCUGAUGGUGAUAGAGGUAGUGAUGGCGGUGGCAGUGGUGCUGAUGAUGGUGUGGCAGUGGUGCUGAUGAUGGUAAAGAGAGAUGAUGGUAGUAUCAGCGAUCAUGGUGAUGGAGGUAGUGAUGGUGGUGGCAGUGGUGCUGAUGAUGGUGGUGGAGAUAGUGGCAGUGGUGCUGCUGAUUUUUUUUGA